AGUGACGAUAGUGUUCAAAAUGAACUAUUUUGUGGACAUACAGUUACUACUGAUCUUACUGAUGAUGGCCAGUGUUGACGCGAAGAGGGUGCAAGCGGCCGUCAGCUUCUUAACAAAUGCCUCCUAUCAAGAAAUCGAGCUGCGGCACGAGUCCAGUCUCUCUCUACAAGACAUCUUACCAGUCAAGGCGAAUCUCUACGACAAAAACCGAGCACCGAAGCUGCUGGGACAACCCACUGUCGUCUACUUCCACGUGACUGUGCUGUCGCUUGACUCCAUCAAUGAGGAGAGUAUGACGUACGUAGCAGACAUCUUUCUGGCGCAAUCCUGGCGCGACCCUCGGCUUCGUCUCCCGGAGAACAUGCACGAGGAGUACAGGAUCCUGGACGUGGAAUGGCUGAACAACAUCUGGAGACCAGACUGCUUCUUCAAGAACGCAAAGAAGGUCACCUUUCAUGAGAUGAGCAUACCGAAUCAUUAUCUCUGGUUAUACCAUGAUAAGACCUUGUUGUAUAUGUCCAAGCUCACCCUUGUGCUGUCGUGCGCUAUGAAGUUUGAGUCGUAUCCACACGAUACUCAGAGUUGUUCAAUGAUGAUAGAGAGUUUGUCACACACCGUCCAUGACCUGGUAUUCAUCUGGAACCUCACAGACCCGCUGGUGGUCAACCCGGACAUCGAAUUGCCUCAGCUGGACAUAUCCAACAACUACACCAGCGACUGCACCAUAGAGUACUCUACAGGCAACUUCACCUGCCUAGCAGUGGUGUUCAACCUGCGUCGGCGUCUCGGCUACCACCUGUUCCACACCUAUAUUCCGUCGGCCCUCAUCGUCGUCAUGUCCUGGAUCUCCUUCUGGAUCAAGCCCGAAGCCAUUCCCGCCAGGGUCACCCUCGGAGUCACCUCGCUUCUGACACUUGCAACUCAAAACACUCAAUCCCAGCAAUCCUUACCACCAGUCUCAUACGUCAAAGCCAUCGACGUCUGGAUGUCAUCGUGUUCUGUUUUCGUCUUCCUCUCCUUGUUCGAGUUUGCCGUUGUCAACAACUACAUGGGGCCUGUAGCUACUAAAGCCAUGAAGGGGUAUUCUGAUGAGGAUCUCUCGAGAGACUUGGAUGCUUUUAAGCACAUAUUUCCAAACACAGUAGACCCUCGGGCGAGUACUUCUGCCUCUAUCCCGCAGUAUGAGACCUUCUGCAACGGGAGAGAGACGGCUGUAUACAUUGAUAGGUUCUCUCGGUUCUUCUUUCCGUUCUCCUUCUUUAUCCUUAACGUCGUUUAUUGGUCUACGUUCUUGUAGAGUUUUAGAUUAUAACGGUAAGUUUAUACUGUUUGGUUUUAGCAUCAAUAGUUGGAUAGCGUCCCCUAUAGUGAAAACCUCGUAAGAGAGUGAUUCAUAAAAAAAUGUUCCAUAAAUUGUAUGCUUGCCGAUUACCCGUCCCUUCUUUUCGACGGAUAAGAAAAUGACGGGUAUAACUUAAAAUAAAAUUAGAUGGUGUUUACAGGAAUUAGCACCAGUGUGUGUUUUAAUUAUGAUAAUAACUGCGUAAACCUCAAACAAUGUAUAUAAAUAAUUUUUUUAUCUAAAUUGAAACUAGCGUGUCUGUUGCGAGGUUUUGUCGAGAAAAAUCACAUCUGAAUAUGGUUUUCCAAAACGCGCUUACUUAUAUGAACUUUUCAUUAGAAGGCGACGAUAAACGACUAGGCAAACUAAUUAUAAAUUACUAUGUCUAAAUUGAUCACAAGUCCGUCUCAUUUUUCGUUGAAACUAGUUUACCAAUUUGAAUUAAGAAUUAUUGACUUGACCGUGUUCAGAGAUGACGUCUUGCAUAAAUUUGUUUUACCAUGAACAAUUUUCGUAAAAGGAACCUCAUUUGAUUAGUAAAUUGUUAUCUAGGGGUUCAAAGAAUUUCAAAUAGGUUACUGAGUGGAGUUAAAAACGCCACAUCAAAGCAAUUCAUCGAAGCUUCGAUGUAACCUUUUGAACUCCACUGAGUAACCUAUUUGAAAUUAUUUGAGAAAGAAAAAUA